AUGGCGAUAGAGCCAUCAGUUUCUCUGGAGUCUGGCUCUGGCAGAGCUUCGCCUGUGAUUCGGAAGCUGCGGAACCGACUCGGUGCUGAUGACACUCAAAACAAAGAUAAAGCUUUUCGAAGGUACGCCUCAAGUGUUGACAGGUCGCUCUCCCUAUUUGAAACUGCUUUACAAGAGUGGGCAGACUACAUUUCAUUUCUAUCUAGAUUGCUGAAGUCAUUGCAGUCUCAUCCGCCAGCUUGUACUCAGGUACCAUCAAAAGCGCUUGUAGCCAAAAGAUUGGCGCAGUGCUUGAAUCCUUCGCUACCCUCAGGGGUUCACCAGAAAACACUUGAAGUCUACAACUUCAUUUUUUCCAUGAUCGGAAAAGAUAUACUUUCAAAAGAUCUUCCUCUUUAUCUACCAGGCCUAUCAUCAACUCUAUCUUUUGCAUCCUUAUCAGUGCGAAAGCCGUUUCUUGAGCUUAUUGAAAAGUAUAUACUUGUAUUAGAUCCGCGAUCCAUAAGACCUGCGCUCAAGUCUAUAUUGUUGGCCCUUUUACCGGGACUUGAGGAAGAAACAAGCGAGGAAUUUGAACGAACUCUACACCUUAUCGAUUGUCUUAAAAUUGUUAUACGUCCUCCUGAUUCAGAAGAACUUGAACAUGGCCACAAUAGUGGGGAUUGGUUCUUUUGGCAAGGCUUCUUCCUUGCAUCAAUUACAAGCAAAAAUCGUCGUGUGGGAGCCUUAGCAUACCUGACUCGAAACUUACCAAAACUAGGUUGGAUACCACUUUGUGAACCACCUGGGACCCAAAAAAAUCAAGUGCAAUCAAAGGAAGUGGCCGAAAAGUUUAAGCUUCUUUCUAAUAUAGUAAUAUCGCCUGAACCUGGACUGUUGAUAAGGUGUUUUGCUGCUGGACUUGCCGAUGAACAGCUCCUGACCCAACGUGGAUUCUUAGACCUUCUAGUAUCUCACUUGCCUUUGCACUCUCCAGUAUUACAAAAAGGAGUGAAAGAUGAAGAUCUAGAACUUCUUGUCACAGCUGCAGCAAAAAUCGUUUCACGACGAGAGAUGAAUCUUAAUAGGAGACUUUGGUGCUGGCUACUUGGGUCCCAACAAUCAAGUCACGAGCAAGGUGGAGUAAUGGAUUCUCCAAGCUCUACAGGAGGUGAACCACAACAGGCUCAGUCAUCUAGAACUCACUACUUUGAAAAGUAUGGGCUUUACCCAUUGACAAAUUCUCUCUUAAAGCUGAUAGCGAGUGAAUCAAUCAACUCUACAGAGAGAGCUCGCCCCUUCAGGAUAUGCCUGUCACUAAUGGAUAAAUGGGAAAUAGGUGGUCUCCUAAUUCCUGAUAUAUUCCUUCCAAUUAUCGAUAGCGCUCGUAGAUACAAGAAUCAGGCUUCCUCGAAAGCUGAUUUUUCUGAGGUCUUGCGCAGUGCUAGCGUUUUCUUUGAUGGUGUUCAGAGCAGUUUAAUUUGGGGUGAAAUAAUAGGACUUAUCGAAUUAGCCAUUGGCGUUGGGAAGUUGUCGGUUCAUGAAAGAAUGGAGAAACUGGCGCUAAUAAAAUUUAUAAUUACGCAUUUUAAUGUGCGGGAGGAAGAAAUGCUACUAGUACAUGCGCCGCUUACAGUCUUAACGAUUUUGACUAUACUUGAUUCAGAGGAAAAUAGGAAUAUUCAAUCACAGGAUCUUGAUAUAUCUGAGGAUGUGAUGAAAGGUGCGCUCGAUCUUUGCACAGAGCUCGUUGACCUUAUACAUGAAAGAGUUUUCCAGACUAAAUCCUCGUUUUCAUCAUCUCCAUCUCACGAUCAGGAGAAUUUGCGAAACCUAGCUCCUUCAAAUACACUCCAGAUAAUAAAAAAUUUCUAUAGUCAGGAUCAAGAAAAUCUUGAUGCAUCUCCUCCAUAUUCUUCUAACGAGAUCACGAAGCUUAUUAUGACAAAUGCUUGUGCAAUAACAUGUCGAACAUUUUCUGAAUCAACGCCAACUGAUGAUUCAGGUAUCAGGGUACAGCUAUUGGUAAGUUUACUGUCAAAGGUACCUCGAUUUUAUGACUUCAACACAUCCGACCUGUUUUUAGCUAUGGCCGAAAAGCUAGCUGCACCUGUUCAACUCCCGUUUUUAGCUUUCACUUCAAUAACUUCUCUUGCUUCAAUUCUUUACACUUCAUCUUACAUUACACAAAAAAAUCUAUCUGAGUUAGUAGAACCAUUCGUUCGAAGAGCGUGGUACUUUAUGUCUGCAUCUAAUCCUAAAUACCAUGUUGAGACUGUCCAGAGUUUAUGGCAACUUCAGACUGCACUGUCCUUAUCUAAUCGCGAAAUUGAGGCUGCUAUAUGCACUCUCAUGAUUGAGAAAGAUCUUAAAAAAGAAUACAUCGCGCAGGAAUUAAGUCCUAGUAGAAGUUUUGGUGUUCUAUGGACACAUACUCUUCAUGAUAUUCCAGCGCAUACAGAUCGUCGCUCAUCGAAAAUCUCACGCUUAGAGCAUAAAGAUGACCCCCGGUUCUCUGGUGUGGACUACUUUGAAGUCAUGCUUAGCAGGCCUCUCUUCUUACUAUUAGAUGCUCUUGCAGAUGAGGGAGCACAUCUAUUUAUGUCCGUUAGGAUAUGGAUACAAAAUCUGACUGGCAUUGACAAGCUCUUUUAUAUAUUCGUUACAAAAUUGGCUGGAUUUGACUUUCUAAAAUGGAGACUAGAUGAUUUAUUUGAUAAAGCUGAGUCUCCAAUAGUAGAAAAUCUAGUUUACAAGAGCAAAGAUGACUUGGAGCAAUGCCUUUAUUACUUCAAAACACUGUCAAAUGUUAUGCGAUGGUCUCCCGAAAAUAUCUGGUCGAUUCUUGCGAUGAAACAAACACCUAUCAAAAUUGAUAAAAUAUGGUCAAGAGUCGAAACGGAAGGGGGAACUACUUUACUGGAAUUCAUUAUGUACGCUUGUUUGAAUGCUAUCCGUGGAACAUACGACAAAGAGAAUCCUAAAUUAUGGAAUCAGGUAAAUCGUUUCCAUAGAGCUUCACUGAAUGUGCUUCAUCAGAUUUUAAUCUGUCCAUAUGCAUUAUCAUUAGUAAAUCUUCAGUUGGAAAAUUGUUUGAUCGAGCGCCUGACGCAGUCCUUGGACGAGUCUGAUCCCUACAUCCAGGUCUUACUCCUAGAUGUUGUUUAUGCUGCAUUAAAGCUACGGAAUACAGUACAUUCUACACCAAAGUCAUCUAGCUCAAUUUCAGACGCCAAGCAUACCAAUAGCAUGCCUCAAACUACGCAGAAAACAAUACAGCUUCAAAUUACUCCCGAAAACGCAGACUCGUCUCUUUUCCCACAGUCUUUUCCCCCAAAAAAUCUUGUGAAAUGUUUGCAGGCUGGAUUUACUGCAAGUAGCAGCCGUAUUGUCCUAGAUAGCUGGAUACUUAUACCACUUGUUGAGACUCUCUGCUCUCAGAUUGUUGACACGUUUUCUAGCUUGCAGAAAAUAUUCAGGAAAGAUGUCUUUGAUAUCAAAGACACAUAUGCCCCUGACUCAACAUUAAUAUCAUUAAUAAAUGGGCUAGAACAUGUGCUAGAGCGCGGCCAUGACCGUCUUCUACAAGAUGAAUUGAAUAUUCCACACGUGAAAAGCCCGGAUCAACCUCAAGGCUUUUUUGGAAAUAUGGUAUCUGGUGUUUUCACAUCAGAUACCUCUCAGUCUAGAAGUGCUACCGCGAAUCACCGUCUUACAAUUCUUUUAAUUUUCCAAGACGCUGUCAAGAUAUGUUUUAUGAUUUGGUCUUGGAAGGAGGAUGAUCUACCAGACCAGGACCUUGACUCUGCUUCUUCUUUUAAUUUUAUUUCUCUACGAAUGCGAAACCGAGCACGAAGACUUCUUGAGCAUAUGUUUGCUGUCGAAGCUCCCGAAUGUCUCGAGACAAUGAUUGAAAUUUGGCGCAAACCAAACGAAAGCAUGAAUAAAAAUCAAUCGCUCGCAGUCUUCAAUCUUCUCCAUGUUCUCGAUGGCUCAAGACCUAAGCUUACAAUACCUGCUAUUCUGAAUGCGAUAUACAGUCGCACAAAUCCCUUGGCACUUGAAACAAAUAGAAAGUCAACGUUGACGUCAUCACUAAACGAUUCAGACUUAAUAGUUUUUCUUGUCGAAUACGCCAAAACACUCGAAGAUGACGCCAUGGAUGAAAUAUGGGAAGAUUGUAUGGCUUUUCUGAAAGAUUUAUUGUCAAAUCCCUUCCCUCAUCGACAAACACUUCCAAGCUUGUUGGAGUUUGCAGCUAUUCUGGGAGAGAAAGUCGACAACACAAAUUUUGGUGAGCAACGAAAAAUGAGAAGAGAGCUUGGUGAUGUAUUCCUCCGGUUACUGACUGCAGUAUUCACUACAAGGCCUAUUGGGUUCCUUGAAGGUGGUCCGGAAAAUGACGAACGGUCAGGAUCGUUAUUAUCUCGACCUUCAAGAGCUGACGAUAUUGUGGCAAUACUUUCUGACAUUGCACCAAACUUAACAAAAAUUCUUGUUGAACCAGACCGUGUUCUAAACGCAACUGUUACCAUAUCAAAUAGCGUAAUUGUACCUACCUUUAAAUCUAAAUUGUUCCCGGAUAGCGUCUCAAAAAACACUUUGGAACUCAUGAAUAAGAUUGCCAAACUUCCACAUAAUCAAAAGCAGUGGAAAAAAGAUUUAGGGGACGCAUUUAAUGAUCCAAGGUUCUUUUCAAGUCCUGUCAGUCUAGUAAAUAGCGAUUGGCUUCCACUUAUGAAGUUGUGGACUAUGAACGAUAAAGACAAAAUGCCUGAAUUACUCUCUCGUCUUGUUCCUCCAACAACAGCGGGUAUUGUUUUUGGGGUCGGGGCUUCCUCGACUAGAUACGAGACAGACCGUAAAGCUCAGUUGAAUCUACGUCGUAUAUCUAUCCUAUUUCUUGCCGCAAUGGAAGAUAAUUUUGUUAAAGACAUUCCUUUAAUUCAAGAAAAGAUUGUAGAGCUACUCUCUGCAACAUCUACUACCUCGCCAUCGUCUUUGACGCGCGCAGAUAUUUAUAUUUUGAUACGCGCAUUAUCUCUUAAAACCUCAGCUGUUCACCUAGCCACCUUAUGGCCAAUUAUCAAUGCAGAACUACAUUCUGCAAUAAGUUCUGUUGUUGCAUCUGAGAAUACGACAGUAUCCCUUACUUACAAAAAUUACUCUAUUUUCCAGGCAUGUAAAUUGCUAGAUACUCUAAUCUGCAUAGCACCAGACGAUUUUCAGCUACACGAGUGGCUUUAUAUUACUGACACCAUUGACGCCGUAUAUAAACCCUUAGAUUUCGAGCCUGUUGCGCUUAUUGACGAAAUCUCAUAUGAGCUAGGAUCAACCGUAAAUUCAGGGUUUACUCUCCCCAAAUUAGCAGUUAAUCAACCUGAGAAUGUGAAAGUACGGAGACCAUUACUUGGGACGGGAAGAAUGGUUGAUGCGGUCUGUUGGGAGAGAAAAGAUGAUUUAGUUAAAAACGUCCUUGGACCAUUUUUCAGUCAACUCAGCAUUUUCGCAUUCGAGGCCACCUAUAGCAUGAAUAUUCCAGAUUGGGAAACAUGCCGAGCUGAGUUGUUAGAGGACAUAUUUGAUGAUAGAAGUAUUGCUAGAACCUUGUAA